AUGGAGCCCAGAGUGAAGACGGAAGAGCCGGACUCAGCCUCGAAAGCCCCCUGCAACGCCCAGGACGGGGAGCUCCGGGGAAGGACCAUGCUGGAGAGCUCCAGGGGCAGCAGCGCCCAGUGGGAGGAGGAGGAGCAGCGCCGGCGGCGUUUCCGGGCCUUUGGCUACCAGGAGGCCGAGGGCCCCCGCCAGGCUUGCAGCCACCUCCACCGCCUUUGCCGCCAGUGGCUGGAGCCGGAAUGGCGGCCCAAGAAGCAGAUGGAGAGCUGGGUGCGGGAGUGCGGGCCGGAGAGCAGCGCCCAGGCCGUGGCCCUGGCGGAAGGCUUCCUCCUGAGCCAGGCGGAGGAGCGGCAGCAGGCUCAGGAGAUGUCAGCCCAAGGGGCCAUGGACGUUGCCGGACCAGCGAAGGCUCCAUCGGGCACCAGACAGAGGACGCUGUUCGAGGGGAUCCUGCAGGAGGGGGACGGAGGUGUCUCCUCUCUGGAGAGCCUCUUCCUCUUCCAGGCUCCGGUGAUCUUUGAAGAGGUGGCCGUGCGUUUCACGGAGGCAGAGGAGGCUCUGCUGGAUCCAGGCCAGAGGGCUCUGCACACGGACGUCAUGGAGGAGAAUUAUGGGACUCUGGCCUCUCUGGGCCCUUGGAAGGCCUUGCUCCUUUCCCGUUGCUCCCGACCCCCCAGGGGAGUCUUCCAUUUCCCUGGAUCUCCCCCGCAACCUCUCCCACUCAACACUCCGGUGGCUCAGCGUUGCCUUCAUGCCUGGAGGAGCCCCUUAAGUCCUUCCCUGGUGGCCUUCUUGUGGCCACUGCCAAACUCGGGGCUCACCUUUGGAGAGCGGAGGGUGUCCGAAGAGGGCGCUGGGCUGCAGGUGGGCGAUGCCCUUCCCUCCGACGUAGCCGAGAUACAGUUGCAAAGGGAAGUUCGGAACCAGCAAAUGCCUCCUCUGGGCGGCCUGGGGCUUCUUGGGCUGAGCCCGAAGCCAAGGCUGCCCUCCGCUCUUGCCUUCCGGUGUGGAGGCGUUGCAGGAUCCGACCAUCCUCCCUUUGACCUGGACGGGGCUUGGGGGAGAUGGGAUCUCAUCUCCUGGCAGGAAGAAGCGGGUGAUCCGUUUGUCCGGGGAUCCGACGGAGGGGACAGAUCCGCAGCUGAUGGGGAGGAGAGCAAUGAAAAUGGGAAACAGCAGGAAAGGUGGAGUGAAGACGAAUGGAAGUUGCAGAACAAAUCCACUUCCUUGGAUGAGCCGGACGACCAGGGAAUUCCCAUUCAAGGAGAACGUUUUGAAGGGAACCAAAGACUGAUUCAGAAUGCAGAGGAAGUGCGGAAAUGUUCCGAGUGCGGAAAGCGCUUGACUCAGCAGAUAUAUCUUACUGAACACCACAGAAUUCACGCAGGGCUGAAAACAUAUAAAUGCUUUGAGUGUGAAACCCAAUUAAGUUUCAGCUCAGGCCUUAACUUGCAUCAAAGUACUAACGCAGGAGAGAAGCCCUUCAAAUGCUCAGAAUGUGGAAAGAGCUUCAAACAGAACUCCCACCUCAAACUACAUCAACGCAUUCACUCUGACAAGGAGCCCUAUAAAUGCUCAGAGUGCGGAAAGUGUUUCAAUCUAAACAGCACCCUUAGACAACAUGAAAGAAUUCACUCAGGGGAAAGGCCCUUUAAAUGCUCAGAGUGUGGAAAAAGCUUCAGGCGGGGCUCCCACCUUAAACAACAUCAAAGAAUUCACACAGGGGAGAUGCCCUUUAAAUGCUCAGAGUGCAGAAAGAGCUUCAGUCAUGGCCAAACCCUUAAAAAUCAUCAAAGAAUUCACACAGGGGAGAAGCCCUAUAAAUGCUCAGUGUGCAGAAGGAGCUUCAGUCAAAGCGCCCACCUAAAAAGACACCAAAGACUUCACACAAGGCAGAAGACCUAGAACUGCAGCACGUGGAAAGAGCUUUCUUCAAAAUCGUGGAAUCACACAGACACAGAGGAGGAUGAAUGUUGUAAAUCCUUGCAGUUCCUGGAAAAUUCUAUGAUCGAGCACAGCUCUUUAUUUUGAAAUGUUCAGUCCCAGGAGAUGCCAUGUGAAUAAUUAAGAAUUCACUGGACCCAUCAAAACUUAAUAGAAUUCCCACAAAGAACCACGUGUAUCACUGCUCUAAAUGGGGCAGGGCCGUCCCUCGACAUGACCAGGGGUGGGCACAGAACGCCUGCUGGCGCCACCCCCUCCUCAAUUUUCUGUUAGCAAAAUUAUCUAACCCUUUCAGUGCCAGAUGGAAUGGGUUCACAAGACUUCCCCCAUCCUCCCUUUGAUGUUGAAGGGACUGGUGAGGUGUGUGCGAUGGUUUCGGACGGGGUGGUUUCACAUCCCCAGACAAAUGUUAUCGUCGGAAAUUUCAGAAGUUAUUUCUCUUUUCCUGUCCUCUGCAAAAGGGCUUCAGGUUGCCAAAUCUGAUCUCAUCUGGUUUAUCCAACUCCCUUUAAAGCCAUUCAAAUGAGUGAUGGCCACCAAUAGAAAUUCCUGGAGUAGAGGGCUAGCAGUGGCUACUAGGCAUGAUAGCACACUUCAGAUACUUG